AAACUCUCCUGGAUGACUUCCUUCUCACGUACACAGUCUUCAUGACGACUGAUGACUUGUGCCAGGCACUUCUGAGGCACUAUUGUGCUAAGAACCACCAAGGGAAAGAAGACGACUCUGAUGUGUCCUGUAGGAAACGAAAAGUCUUGCAUUUGGUGUCUCAGUGGACUUCUCUUUACAAAGACUGGUUACAUGAAGAUGAGCAUUUAAAACAAUUUUUAAAGACGAUAUACAGGAAUGUGUUAGAUGAUGUGUAUGAAUAUCCCAUUCUUGAGAAGGACCUGAAAGAAUUUCAGAAGAUACUUGGGAUGCAUCGUCGUCACACUGUAGAUGAGUAUUCACCUCACCGAAAGAAUAAAACCUUUUUCCACCAGUUCAGUCUAAAGGAGAACUGGCUGCAGCACAGAGGAACCAUGAAUGAAACAGAAGAAAUUUUCUGCCGUGUGUAUAUAACAGAGCACUCCUAUGUCAGUGUGAAAGCUCAAGUAUCCACUUCAGCUCAAGAGAUACUGAAGAUCGUAGCAGAAAAGAUCCAGUACCCGGAGGAGGAGUUGGCGCUGGUGACAGUCACGUUCUCUGGUGAAAAACAUGAACUACAGCCAAAUGACUUGGCUAUAUCAAAAUCUUUCGAGUCAUCCAGUCGUAUGUUUGUGUACCGAAAAGAUGUGACUGAUUCUUUGAACCCAUUUGCUGAAAAUGAGGAACUGCAGCAAAGGUCUGUGAGAAUUUUGGGAAUCAAUACCUGGGAUCUUGCCUUAGAACUGACAAACUUUGACUGGAGCCUCUUCAAUGCAAUUCAUGAGCAAGAGCUGAUAUACUUCACGUUCAGCAGACAGGGCGGUGCUGAAAACACUGAGAAUCUCAGUCUUCUGCUUCAAAGAUGCAAUGAGGUCCAGCUUUGGGUUGCCACCGAGAUACUUCUCUGCAGCCAGCUCUGCAAACGUGUACAGCUCGUCAAAAAGUUCAUCAAGAUUGCUGCCCACUGUAAAGCCCAAAGAAAUCUGAAUUCAUUCUUUGCUAUUGUUAUGGGUCUCAACACUGCGUCUGUCAGCCGACUGUCUCAGACCUGGGAGAAAAUUCCUGGGAAAUUCAAGAAACUUUUCACUGAACUUGAAAGUUUGACGGACCCUUCUCUGAAUCACAAAGCUUACAGAGAUGCAUUCAAGAAAAUGAAAUCUCCGAAAAUCCCCUUCAUGCCCUUACUUCUGAAAGAUGUAACUUUCAUCCACGAAGGAAAUAAAACUUUUCUGGAUAACCUUGUUAAUUUUGAAAAGCUGCACAUGAUUGCAGAUACUGUUCGGUCGUUGAGACAUUGCAGAAAUAACCAGUUUGGCAAUGAAGUUACUUCGAAAGAGCAUCAUGAGCUGAAGCCAUACAUCCAUCACCUGCAUGUCAUCGACAACCAGCAAGCUCUGUUUGAGCUUUCUCACAGGAUAGAGCCGCGAGUGUGAGCGUGCACAGCUUCAUAUAACCUUGUAACUGCAGCACUUUGAAUUAAGUGAAUGUUUAUGCCAAGCAUGUUGCUUCCCUAUAUAAGAACAGUUUACUGAGUUUUAUCAGUAGCUCACACAACAUGCACAGGAAAAUCAGGCAAGAGCCAGCAAAGGAGCUGCUCACAUUGUUGCAGGGCAAGCUUGGUGCCAUCCCCGCUGGUCACCAGCACGAGAGGGAGCUGAGCAGCAUCCUUUGAGCUCAGGAGCUUGGUUUCUGUGAAAAUAUUGUUUGGUCCGUUGUAGCUUUCAGUGCAGAUUCUGCCACUAUUAGAACGAAAGGAACCGUCGUGUCGCAGCAGCAAAACAUUUCAGCAAGCAACAUGCCGCGAGGGGAGUGAUUCUCAGUUCACCACAGUACGUACCUCGCUAAUUCAAGGCUGCCAAAGUAUUAUUGCCAAAAACGCUGUGCAAUCUGUGCAGCAACCCUGAGUCCACUGGAGCGUAUUAUUUAAGAUAAGUGCGGACAACCAAGAAGGGGGAUAUAAAAGACACACCAGAUCAAACUCGAGUGCAUCGUGAUGCAGAGGUCAGUGGUAAACAGUUCACGCUAUUACAACCCCUUAAGAAUCUGCUUUCUAAAACACGCUGUAAGAGCCAAUCCACUUCAGUCGCAGUUUAUGGACACAAUU